AUGCUAAACAAAUGUACUGUGAUGUUGUCAGUUGUCCUAUUUGUGCUGUUAUUUGGACUAUGCUUUUUCCUAAAGGUCUACGAUACUACAGCGCGAGUAGACGACGACCUCAAUUCGUUGAUCACCCUUCCUAACAUUGUUGCGGUCCCAGCAGAAACUCACAUCAAACCUCCCAGUAUGCGCCAGGAACUCGAUGAUAACAGGACCCCCUUCGAAAAAUCCUCUCAGAACCCGUUGUUUUCAUUUUGCAAAUCGAUCGCUGUAAACAACACGGUGAUGACAUCAUUUACGGAUUUCGGCUAUCUGAAUAUUUUUUACACGUUUUACAGACUCAGUCAUCUCGAACAAUAUCCAAACUUCUUUGUGACUGUAAUCGAUCACAAAUCCUAUGAAGAUGUUAAAAAGCGCGGAAUUCCAGUUUUUUACUACCGACCAGUGGGAGUGGACGAUGAGAUGAUGAGCAAGGGAUCGAUAAUCAUGUCGAAAGACUUCCAAAAGAAAGUGGUAAACAAACUCGAUUUUAUCCGACUUGUUCUUUCGCUUGGCUUUGUCACACUUUACAUGGAUUGCGAUCUGAUCCUCUUCCAGAACCCUUGGCCCAUUCUUUCCACCUUUUCUUCCAGAGAUUACGAUUUGGUUACACAGCGAGACGAAUCUUUAAAUAGCGGGUUCAUGCUUCUCUUUCCCACAACCCAAACGAGACUUCUUCUAAGCUGCGCCACUUUACAUAUGAAACAGGCAAACGAACUUGAUCAGGAAUCGAUUCUCUUUUGCUUACCUCGAUUGAGUGGUUUGCGGCUACAUUUGCUGCCAUUAGAGCAAUUUAGCAGUGGACGCUAUUUUGCAGAGAGUCAUCAAUUCUAUUGGGAUGCUAUUGGUACAAAUCAAUAUAUGAUGCAUAAUAAUUGGAUUAUUGGAACGAACAACAAAUUGUAUCGAUGGAGGGAAAUGAGACUGUACACCGAAGACAGCGACGAGUACUACUCGUCUCCAACGCGGAACUAUCUGAUCGUGGACGCUCCCUUAGAGAGAAGAAAUCGAGUCGAGUUCUUGAUGCAAGCGGCAGUCCUGAGCCGCGUGCUUCAGCGCGUUUUUUUAGUUCCAACCUUUUCCUGUCCCCCCGAAUUUAAAGUGGAGCAGUGUAAUCUAUGCAGAAACGAUAAAUUGUGCUUCGAGAAGUUCCAGAAGAUAAUAGGCGCAGAUUUUCGAACAUUCGUUGAGUCUCUGCGAUUUGCUCACGUCUAG